AUGAGGAUAAUACUUGCCAGAUUUGCUAAGAUUCCACAUAUUCUCCUUCCCCCGAAACGCCAACAUCAGCCAAAGGCUGACGUUUCUGGGUACGUCUCGCUGGGUCGGUAUCGGCCGUUUCAGUUUACGGGGACGGUUCUGUUGACGGUAGCGUUUGGGUUGUUGGCGCGGUUGGAUGCGACGACGUCGACGGGGUAUUGGGCUGGGGUGCAGAUUCUGGUGGCGGCGGGGAGUGGGGUUCUUCUCACGACGACGUUGCCGGCAAUUCAGGCGCCGUGGGAUGAGGAAGAUGUGGCCGUUGCGACGGCGGCGUGGUGGGUUCUGCGCAGCUUUGGAGGGAUUUGGGGCGUGGCGAUUCCGUCGACGGUGUUUAAUCCGAGGGUGAAUGCGUUGUUGGGGUGGGUGGAGAGCGUUGUGGUGCGUGGGGAGUUGAGGGAUGGGGGCGCGUAUGCGUUGGCGUCCAGGACGUUUAUGUGGUCUUUGGAUUCAACGCCCGUAGUCAAGGCGCAGGCUUUGGGCGUCUAUGUGGAUAGUUUGACGUUGGUGUGGCAGGUCGGGAUCGCGUUUGGGGUGUUGAAGUUUGUGGUUGCGUUGGUUGUGAAGGAGGUGAAGAUGCGCGAGCAGCUUGAGAUGGAGUUUGGGUUGGUCGGUGAUGAUGGUGAUGGGAAGAGUGGGUGUGAUGUUGAGAAUGAUGUUGGUAAAAGUUAG